GAACAUAGCAAAUUAGCAGGGAACGGGGUUGCUGUAACUGUGAGGGAGUUGAGGAUAGAGGGGAAUUAGAGAAGCAGGAAGAUGCAAAGUACGGAGACAGAAAAUCUGAGCCAUCAACAUUCUGAACAAUUGGCUCAAAGAGCAGGACACUAAAAUAGACUGCAACACAUUGCAAGGCUGAAUUCAAAGAGCUUUGCUAGUAUGCCUGCAUUGCUUCAGCAGAUGAAAACACAAGUCCUGACAAUGCAGCUGGUGUGUGUGGGUGACUUGAUGCAUGUAGCCCUUUGCCACAUGUUACGAUUUUGUAUAUUUAACAGAGAAAGCAAAACUUUCAGUGCCAGCUACCAGAAACAACAAUAAUAUUCAUGGCUGUCAUGUAGCCAGAGGGUUAUAUUUCAAUCAUGCUAAAUUUGACUCUUCAUAACCAAUGUAAAGCACCUUAAGCAAUGAGAUUGCAGUAUGCAAAUGAACUGAAGUCCUCAGCAUGGUUAUUAGCUGACUUAUCUCUGAUGUCACAAUCCCCGCUCCAACAAAGGUCUCUUCAUAGCUAUCCUGAAAGCAGACUGUUGGUUGGAAAAUAGCUAGUUUUCCAUGUCUCUCUCUAAUGAAGAUACCUUAACAAAAACAUGGAGGAGCACAGAGAGACAUUUUGUAAAUCACUUUAAUAUAAACAUGUUUUCCUUUUAAAAAAAUUGUGAUAUUACUCAACAAUAUUAAACUUGAGGGACAGCGAGAGUGCCGAGAGGAAUUAGCGUUUCACUGGAUUGCCAAUGGUUGCUGAGGAGAGAGACUGAAUUUUGCUGCUGAGGACAUCUUGACAAGAUGGUGAAUUAUUAUGACAUUCUAGGAGUGCAAAGAAAUGCCUCUGCAGAUGACAUUAAAAAGGCAUACCGAAAACUGGCAUUGAAGGUGCACCCUGAUAAAAACCCAGAGAACAGAGAGGCAGCAGAGAGGAAAUUCAUACAAGUCUCUAAGGCAUAUGAGAUUUUAUCUGAUGCCAAAAAACGGGAUGUCUAUGACAUGUCUAGUGAAGGAGGUAUAAGUGAAAAAGACAGAAGAGGUAGAGGUGAAGGUGGAGGGAAAGGUAGAGGUAGAGAGAGAGGCAGGGGUGGGAGUCACUUUGAUUCUGAAUUCCCAUUCAGUAGCCCCCACACAGAUGUGUUGAGAGGAAUGGACUCCUUUACAGUGAAACUCUGGGAUGAUCUACUUGAUGGAAUUUCUGGCAUUCAGCGAGGACUCCAUGGAAGAAGAAGCAGAAGUGGUGAAGGAUAUUCUGUCUCUAUUGCUGGAGUGUCUCCUAUUUCAGGGACUGGAUUUACUUCAUUUGGUUCCCAGCGAGUUGGGGGCUGCUCUUCAUCCUCCAUCACGUCACUGAACAAGAGUGGGAAAGGCCACUUCAAAUCAGUCAUAACAACCAGCAAAAUAGUUAAUGGCAUCAAAAUCACUACAAAGAGAAUUGUGAUGAAUGGAGAAGAAAGAGUAGACACCAUUAUUGACCGUUAACAUACUCAACAAUUGGAAAUUGACGGCAAAUCAUUGCUACUGAUGACAAGAAAUGAUGUAUUGACUGGACUUGCAUUAAAACUGGGGCCAGCUCUGAAAAUCUAUGAAUAUCACGUAAAACCUCUACAGACACAACAUCUAAAGAACAAUUCUU